AUGCGUCGAUCGCUGAAAGUGUUCCUAGUUCUGGCAUUGUUGGUGUCUUUUGUAGUCGCCAAGAAGAAGGAUAAAGAAGAGUCGUCCGAAUCGAAGGAGGAGGAAGGUAAAAAAUAUGAAAGUGAAGAAAGUGAAGAGAAAAAAUACAAGGAAGAGAAAGGCCAUAAAGAGCACGAAGAUUGGGAAGAGGAUGAUAAAAAACAUCAUGAAGAAGAAGGUCACAAACAUCAUUACGAUCAUGGGGGCGGUAAAAAGAAAAAGGACUUUCAUGAAGAGGAAAAACACGGCGAACAUGAGGAGCAUGGCAAACAUAAGAAAGGUGGUAAACAUCAUCACAAAAAGGGUCAUAAAAAGGGACACAAGGAAUUAGAGCAUCACAAGAAAUUCCAUAAAGAUGAGUACACGAAAGAGAAGAAAUUCUACGAUGACGAGGACAAGGGCGGUCAUCAUAAGAAAUAUGGUAAAGAGCAUAAGAAACAUGAGCUCGAUGAAGGCGGCCAUAAGAAGGAGGAGGAACAUGAUUCGGGCAAAAAGAAGGGCCAGAAGAAGCAUCAAGGGCAUUAUAAGAAAGGCCAUCAAGAUGAAGAUCAUAAAAAGUAUAAGAAAGAGCAUAAACAUCAUGAAGGCCAUAAAGAGGAGAGAGAAUGGGGUAAAGAAGAAAAGAAGAAAACCAAUAAGAAAAGCGGGCAUAAGAAAGAAAGCGGUAGCGGUGGCGGUGGUGGCCAUAAAGGAUAA